AUGCCGCCAAAACCUCGCGACAAAAGGGGCGCGGAUGAAGACUCUUCUGCUGGUCAGAGUCUGGCCCCGGCUCUCUCCCGGCAGUCCAGGAAAUUUGCAAACCUCUUCGCUAUUCCGCCCCCGGUAAAAGCCCUCUUCGACUAUGUCCCAGUCCUCGUAUAUCCCCCAAAUGAGCUUCCGCGACGCGCCCCGAAGCCAGCGAAGAUCCCGAGCCUUUAUGUCUUUAGCAAUAAGGAAGAUGCCGCCGCCGGCCGGCCGUCUUUCAAUCCCAGUUGCUUGAAGUGGCAGGCAUUUCUAAAUAUCGCUGGUGUCAAACACCGUUUGGUCCACUCGAGCAAUCAUGCUUCUCCCACGGGCGCACUGCCAUUCCUGCUUCCCGCUGCGUCUGCGUCUACUUCCGACACAUCUCAAGAUACCUACCCCAUCCCCUCCAACAAGCUAGUUAAAUAUGCGGAAGACCACGGUGCAAGCGUGGAAGAGUCUUCGAACCUGCGCUAUGAAGCAUACCAAGCCCUUCUUGACCAGCGAAUACGGAGCGCCUGGCUCUACACUCUCUAUCUCGAGCCCUUAAACUUUAAUGCAGUUGCAUACCCACUUUACGUAUCAUCAGCCUCCACAAACCCCCUCGUCCGAGCUUCAAUAUCCCACCAGCUUCGAGCUGCCGCGGAAGCCGAGCUCCUCAAGCAUUCCUCCAUAAUUGAUAUAGACGAUCUAUACAGCGAAGCAGACAAGGCGUUUGAAGCACUCUCUAUACUACUUGGUGAAGACACAUGGUUUUUUGGGAGCGAGAAACCUACGUUGUUUGAUGCGAGUAUAUUUGCGUAUACCCAUUUAUUGCUAGAUGAUAGUAUGGGGUGGAAGGAGGAUAAGCUCUCGGGGGCGUUGAGGAGAAGGGAAAAUCUUGCACAACAUCAGGAGCGGUUGCUUGUACGAUAUUUCGGUGGGUAA